ACGCGCGUGUUGCUCUGUUUGCUGGAGCUGCAGGUGAUGAUGAUGAUGGGUCGAUAGAGGAACGAGCUGUUGCUCUCGCGCCGCUUCUCUUCACCUGUCCGCGCGCUCACUGCUGAUUGGCGACGCGCUGAGGCAAACCUCACCCGCGGGUUUUUGGUUCGAUCCGUCAGUUUUAAAUGAGUCUCACUCUGAACUCUUGGAGUACUCCAGCAUCGCCAGAGCACCGCAGAGUAACAUUACUCCCCUCGCGUCAUGUCUCACUCUGAGAGAUGGGCAAGUUCGACGAGCACGAGAGGAUAAUCCUCAACGUCGGGGGCACGAGGCACGAAACCUACCGGACCACGCUGAAGACCCUGCCCGGCACGCGCCUGGCACUGCUCGCCUCCGAGUCGGACCUGGAAUCCGUUCUGGACCGGCUGCAACAAGUCCCGGGCUUCAUCGAGUACAACGCGCGCAACAACGAGUACUUCUUCGACCGGCACCCGGGCGUCUUCGCCUACGUGCUCAACUAUUACCGGACCGGUAAGUUGCACUGCCCGGCGGACGUGUGCGGUCCGUUGUUCGAGGAGGAGCUGUCCUUCUGGGGCAUCGAUGAGACGGACGUGGAGCCGUGCUGUUGGAUGACCUACCGACAGCACCGGGAUGCCGAAGAGGCGCUGGACGUGUUCGAAAUGAACGUGGACAACGACGAUGAAGACGAGAUCGGAAAAAGGCUAGGCAUCGAGGACGUGCUGUCCGCCAACGGGACAGGCAGCCGGUGGAGAAAGUGGCAGCCGGUGAUCUGGGCCCUGUUUGAGGACCCAUACUCAUCCAGAGCCGCGCGGUUCAUAGCGUUCGCCUCUUUGUUCUUCAUCCUGGUUUCCAUCACCACCUUCUGCCUGGAGACACACGAGGCCUUCAACACCAUCAUCAACAAAACAGACAGCCUUCGCAACGACAGCUUGACGGACCCAGGCCAGCAGUACGAGAUCGAGACGGACCCGGCCCUCACCUACGUCGAGGGUGUCUGCGUCCUCUGGUUCACUUUUGAGUUCCUGGUGCGUGUGACGUUCAGUCCAGACAAGCUGGAGUUUGUCAAGAGCGUCUUGAACAUCAUAGACUUUGUGGCCAUUCUGCCGUUCUAUCUGGAGGUGGGCUUGAGCGGACUGUCCUCCAAAGCGGCCAAAGACGUUUUGGGGUUCCUGCGCGUCGUGCGAUUCGUGCGUAUUUUGCGAAUCUUCAAGCUGACGCGGCAUUUCAUGGGCCUCCGAGUCUUGGGACACACGCUGCGCGCCAGCACCAACGAGUUCCUCCUGCUCAUCAUCUUCCUGGCGUUGGGCGUCCUCAUUUUCGCCACCAUGAUCUACUACGCCGAGCGGAUCGGGGCCAGCCCGAACGACCCGACGGCAAGCCACCACACCAUGUUCAAGAACAUUCCCAUUGGUUUUUGGUGGGCCGUGGUCACCAUGACCACACUGGGGUACGGAGACAUGUACCCCCAGACAUGGUCGGGUAUGGUGGUGGGUGCGCUGUGCGCCCUGGCGGGCGUGCUGACGAUAGCCAUGCCGGUGCCCGUCAUUGUGAAUAACUUUGGCAUGUAUUACUCCUUAGCAAUGGCGAAACAGAAGCUUCCCAAAAAGAGAAAGAAACACAUCCCGCAGGCUGUGCAGACUGGUUCACCCUCUUACUGCAAAACUGAUCUCAGUACAGCCUGUAACAGCACGCAGGGAGAUCUGUGUCUGGGACAAAGCGGAGGACUGGAACGCCAUCGCUCAGUGUUGUCUGCAGACUGCAGCGCAGGAAGUGACAUCACCACAUCCCCAGAGGAACGGAGACCCAUGCGGCACUCCAGCGUGCGCGAGCAGGACCGCCGUACGGAAGCGACGUGCUUUCUGUUAGCAGCCAGCGAUUACACCUGCACGGCAGACGCAGCUAUUCGUAAAGCAGCUACUGUAUCACCUCUGGCUGAUGUACAGUUUAUAUCGGCCAGAGACAGGGAAGGCGGGGCCAGCAGAGACUCAGAUGGAUUUGAUGAAUUGGAUUGGACUGUCUGGAAUAGAAUAACCCUGUGAUUGGACGGUUGUGAACAUGGACACAUGAACAGAGAGCUCGCUUACGGAUAUAUCGUCUGAAUGGACGGCUCACAGCCUUUGGAGUUUCCCGUUCAUUCCAUGUGGAAAAAGACUGAAACGUGGACAGUGAGGCGUAUCCGGCUUAAAACAUAUUCAGAGUCGCUCUCUGUUAAAUGUGGCAUCUGUAUAAAAUCACAUGGUAUCUCACCUAUGGCUUCACCUUCGUGUCGGGUAGCAAAUCGUGCCCCUUCCUCGAACCCCUUCCAAAUUCUCUGUCAGUGCAAUAAGUGUAUUAAGAUGUGUAGAGGCACACGUGUUCAAAAAUGAAGUAUUCGUGUACCGGCUAUACUACAGAGUAGAGAGAGAGUAAACAUGCGAAGUUUAAUAAAUGUGACCCUCUGUCGUUUAUGCUUUUAUUUCCUUUUGUAUCUCUGGUGGAUUCAUUGUUGUCUCUCUUGAUGUGUAUGCGUGUGUUUGUGUGGAUUUGAAGGAGAGGUGUUUAUCCCUUAUGAAAAAUAACCAUGAUUUUAUUAUAGCAAAAGUGUAGUGACUGUUGCAGAUUGAUUGCAAUUUGCUUUACUACAAAGUUUUACUACAAAUAGCAUGGUUAAACUAUGGUUACUGUCUGUACCAUGGUUUUACUAUGGGAUCUGUGGUUUGUUGGUUUUAUUUGUAGUAAAAUCAUGGUUCAUUUUUGUAAGGGAUUGUAUACUUUUAAGACCCCAUGAAAUAUUUGGACAGGCACAGGUUCUCCAAGGGCUCGUGCAUUUUUUCUUAUUUGAAAUAUCCGAUGGCCUUUAGUUUGACUGUAUUCAUGAUUUGCUACUGCUGUUGUUGGCUGGGCGGUUGUGUUGAGAUAUUUUUUUUAUUUUAGAGGAAAUUUUGUUUGAUUUAAAGUUUUAUGUUCUGUGAAGUUGUUGUACUGCAGACAGUGUUGGAUUGUGUUUCUGGACUGCACAUUUUAAACAAUAAAGUUUGUCAUUUCUUUAGGACAAAUUUGGCAGAUAUAUGUAAAAUAUUCGAUGAGAUACAAAUUUCCCUGGUCCACCAUGGUUUGGACAAACAGCCGUGAUGGAUGGCCAGGAUGCUCGAACAAAUUUGCGGAAUUAACAUAUAAAUAGCUUAUUAAUCGUUGUCUCUGCAUAUUAACCUGGAAUAGGGAAACAAAAUGCAUGCUUCAUUUUUAAAUGUAUGAGCCCUUGAGAAUGUAGAAAACUGAAACAUGUCCGUUUGAUUUCAUGGGGUCUUUAAAAGUGUGUUGAUUUAUUCCCAUCCCUGUUUUUUGGUAAAAUGGCCCAGUGCAACAAUCAGAUGUGACGUGCAAUAAUGAUUUGAAACAAAGCCGCACCGAUUCACACUGUGAUUUGAAUUGAGUCUGUGACAGACGGAGCAGCAGAUCUUCUCCAAACACACACGCUGCUGCUCUAAUGACAACCUUUCUUCUCCUUCAGCCAUGUAGAGAUUACAGCUGUCACUUCAAAGUGCGUGAGCGUGUGUGUGUGUGUGUGUGUGUAAGAGAGCGAGAAUCUCAUGACACCUUUUAAGAACAUGUCCGAAAAUCAAAGAAAGAAACAUUAUUUUGCUUAAAGCAGAAUAUCGAACAGGAUUUCUAUUUAAUAUGGCAUAAAUGCCACCAUAAAAAUGAUUUGUACAAUAAUUUAUAGUUUUUAUAUUUUUUAUUAAUAUUUUAAUUACUUUAAAUUGUAUUUAAUAUAUUUUUGUUAAUGUAAUAAGUAACAGUUUGAGGGGAAAAUGCAUUUAUUGCAAAAAUGUUGAAUUUGAGAUGAAAUGUGACUUGAAUAUGUUCUUGACAAGUUUAUGAGACCGUGUGUGUGUGUGUGUGCGUGCGUUCCCAGCACCCACAGAACUUAAAGAGUUGUGUUGUUUAGUAUUAUAGUAUUGCUAUUAUCUGCUGCUUAAUGAAGUCAGGGCACCGUUUCAAAAAUCAAUGACAACAUGUAAAGGUAUAUAUUUUUAGAUCUUGAUUUGUGUGUUUCGAAGAGUCCAGCAGUGUAUUUGUACGUCUGUGAUCUUGAUGUGUUGUAUUGUAUCGUGGAGUCGUUUGUCGGCCUCUUUGUAGUGCAUGCAGAGACACGUGGUCAAAUGUAAAGACAACGUCUGAAAAAUAUGUACAGUUCAAUGCAAUGUGAGACAGAUAAACAUAUUAACAUUGUUUAAAAAACACAAACAAAAAGCUUUCUUUUCUUUCUGUUUAAAAAACAUUUAUUUUAAUACCUAAAGGGAACAGAUUACUGCUCCUUCAUAGCUCAUGAGAACUUAAUGACGUUAAAUUAUUACCCUGUGUGGAUUUUAAGAUGGGUGCCAAAAUAAAUAUACAUCGCUUACAGUAUGUUAUAUGUGUGUUGUGAGAGGAAAAAAAACAACAGACACAUUUGUUUGUGACAUUGUGAUUAGAACUAUAAACAUGGAUAGUAUGGAUAGAUGUUGAUAAAAUGUUUCAGUUUUUGUUGAAGUCACUCAAACUUUUGUGUUUAAGCACAGCUAGAGCUCUACAGGAGACAUAUGAGAUUAAUCUGAGAAGCAGACUUGAGCGAAACGUUUGUCUAAAAAA